AUGGCUACGAGUGAACUGACCGGCAUGGAGCGGCUCAAAUCGAAGCGGACGUCGAGACGAUCUCUCAACACAAGGAUUAUCAACGAGUCCAGAACUCUUCUUGGCGAUACAACAGCCACCAUAGAUCAGCUCAACGGCAUUUACGGACGUCUCAAGGCGAACAACGAUCAGCUGAACCAAAUCAACCAAGAGCUUGAGAGCCACAUAGCGGAUGAAGAGUUUGAGCAAGAGUACAACACCGUCGUUGAAAACGAGGACAACGCUACUAGCGUCAUGAGUGACCUGCUUAGCAAGCGCGACCGUAUGGUUGCGGCCAUGUCUGCAACACCGGAGCCACAGACUUCGUCAGUAGCCAGUACCGCUGGAGCCUCUGGUACCAAGCUACGCAAGCUUACCAUCGCCCCAUUUGCUGGUGAUCUGUGUCGGUGGAACGACUUCUGGGAACAAUUUGACCAGAUGAUUCACCGGAACGGAAGCCUCACUGCGACGGACAAGCUCAACUACCUGAGGUUCUUCCUAAGAGGCGACGCAGCUUCAGCUAUUGUGGGCCUGCCAACAACGGAAGCUUGCUACAAGGACGCCAUCGACAUACUCAAGAGACGCUUUGGUGACAAAACGAGACUCGAACAGGAGUACUUCUCCAGGCUUCGUACGUUGCCUUCAGUCCGUUCAAGCGACUUGACAGCUCUUCGCAAGCUUUACGACCAGGUCGUCAUCAACAUUCGAGGACUGGAGACCCUUGGGUUACUGGUUGUGCCGGGCCUGAAUCUGGAACUGGCUAAGCUGCUCGCCUUGGCCCGCGCGCACUUCCACUACAGCAACAGCACCACAGGCCCGGUCCGGAGCACCCACUGA